AUGUGUAGUGAGACAAUAAAAGCUCCAACUCAUCCAUAUGAUCCUUCAAAAGAGAUUUUCAUUGGUGAAUUUGUAUCCAUUUCACUUGGGAACUUCAUUCUUCCAGAUUUUCAGAAACACCCAGUGUCCUCAGGAACACCUUCUUAUUUGAUCUCUAAUAACUACCAGCAUAUCCUGGCCUUCAUUUUUGCUAUUCAUGAAAUCAACAGGAAUGUUGCAUUGCUACCAAAUGUCACACUAGGAUUUAGGAUCUCUGACAAUGCUUUUAAUUCACGCCGAACCUGUUGGACCACCAUCAGUCUUCUGUUCCUAGGACAAGGAAAUAGCGUAAAUUACCACUGUGGAAGGGUAGAUAAUUUAAUGUCUGUCAUUGGGGGACUCACAGCUGAGAACUCAAUCCAGAUGGCCAACAUCUUAUCUACAUACAAAAUUCCUCAGCUCAGCUAUGGUGCCUCUGAUCCAGUGAUGAGGGAUAAAAUUCGAUUCCCUUCUUUCUACCACAUGGUUCCUAAUGGAGAGCUUCAGUAUGUUGGGAUAGUCCAGCUGCUCAAGCAUUUUGGAUGGAACUGGAUAGGCCUUAUUGUUUCAGAUGAUGACAGUGGGGAAACCUUUCUCCGAACCUUAAGACCAAAAUUCUUGCAGAGCCACAUUUGCAUAGCUUGGACAAUGGUGAUCCCAUUAGUGACAACCAUUCUGGCACAUGAGACAAUUAGAGAAAAGCUGUGGCCAGUUUAUUCUGCCCUGCUGUCUAAUGAAAUAAAUGUGACUCUUGUGUCUGGGGACAUCCAGUCUCUGGAAGGCUUACGAAUGGCUUUAUACGCUAUGGAAAUUGGGCUCAAUCUCCCACCUGAGUGGGUGUGGAUCAUAACUGCUGGAUGGGAUUUCACAGUGCUUCACUCCUUUCUCAGACGCAUCCACUUUAACAAUAGUGCUGGGGAAGAAAUAUCUUUUGGUGAGAAUGGAGAAUUUGCAGGUGGAUACGAUAUCAUCAACCUGGUUACAUUUCUCAAUGGAUCCUUCCAGAGAGUGCAUGUUGGGUGGAUGGACCCCAGGGCUUCCCCAGAGGAAGCCUUCACCAUAAAUGGAAGUGCUCUUAUUUGGAACCCCAAAUUUAAACAGAUGCCCCCCAGUUCAACCUGUGUUGAGAGCUGCCAUCCUGGACAGAACAUUUUACUUCACCCAGAGAAGGAGGUUUGUUGCUAUGACUGUGUUGAGUGUCCCAUAGGGAGAAUUUCCACCCAGUGGGAUGCUGAACAAUGUGAUAAGUGCCCAGAUGAUCAGUUUCCAAAUAUGAACCAGCACCAAUGUAUUCCUAAAGAAAUAAGCUACCUAUCUUUCCAGGAGCCUUUAGGAGCAGUUCUGACUGCUCUAGCUCUUUUUCUUUGUGUGAUCACAGUUGUUAUGAUGGGGACCUUCAUUCACAACUGCAAUACUCCCAUUGUCAAAGCCAAUAACUGGAACAUUACCUGUAUCCUGCUCUCUUCUCUGCUGCUCUGUUUCCUCUGCUCUUUUUUAUUCAUUGGAAGGCCUGGGACUGUGACCUGUUUUCUCAGGCAAACAGUUUUUGGCAUUGUUUUCUCCAUAGCUGUGGCUUCUGUUCUAGCCAAAACCAUCACUGUGGUUUUAGUCUUCAUGGCCACCAAACCGGGGAAUAAGAUGAGUAAAUGGCUUGGAAAGAGACUUGCAGUGCUAAUUAUGAUUCUUUCUUGUCUUAUUCAAUUUGACAUCUGUGUAGCUUGGCUGAUUUCUUCUCCUCCUUUCCCAGAGUUUGAUGUACACUCUCAAAUAGGGCAGAUCAUAGUGCAGUGCAACGAGGGUUCAGAACUCAUGUUUUAUGCUGUCCUAGGCUACUUGGGUCUGCAGGCCAUUAUUAGCUUCACUGUGGCUUUCUUUGCUCGGAAGUUGCCUAAUACUUUUAAUGAAGCCAAGCUGAUCACUUUCAGCAUGUUGGUCUUUUGCAGUGUUUGGGUGUCCUUUGUCCCUACACGUCUGAGCAUGAAGGGGAAAUAUAUGGUAGCUGUGGAGAUCUUCUCCAUUUUGGCCUCUGGUGCUGGCUUGUUAACUUGCAUCUUUCUUCCUAAAUUAUACAUUAUCAUAAUGAGGCCUGAUCUGAACACCAAGGAGCAGCUAGUGAGAAAAAAAGUAUAGUUAUACUUGAGAGAGGACAUGAUAUUGUCAUCGAAUUCUGUGAUGUGAUG